CUAUUUGUAUUGUUUUCCUAUUUUCCCGCUAACAAAUGUCAAAAACAAAAAUUCAAUUUUUGUAUUUUGAUAAAAUUGUUUAUUUAAAAUUUUCAAAAAAAUGUCCACAUGCUCAGCUGCAGAAAUCGCUGAAAAGAAGCGAAUAGCUUUGGAGAAACUAAAAGCCAAGAAGAAUCAAAUUUCCAAUAAGCCAACAAUCGUUCCCAACAAACAAUCCACAACGACUUCAGUUCCGGCCUUACAAACAAGUAACCAACUAGCAGCACCUCACUCGAAACCAUCUAGUUCCUCUUCUUCUCCUUCUGUAGCACCAUCAGCUCCAAAAAUUAUCACAAGUCCAGUACAGAAUUUUUACAAAUCCAACACAGAAAACAAAGCUUCAGAUUUCUUAAAAGCCAUUAAACAAAGUUCAACAUUUGCGAAUCGAAAUGAAGCGCGAAAUACCGCCCAUCCUUAUUCAAGACCAUCGGGGAAUAGUCCACAACAAUCAUCAGCAACAAAGGGAGGAAGCAGUGUAUUCAAAAAUGCUCUCAUGACAGACAACAAAACAAAAAUUGCUCCUGUCUUCGUUCAAAGUGUCUCAUGCACUUGCUAUCUGAUUAGUGCGUUUCGGUUCGCGGUUCAACCCUCUGGAUAUCAUACACAGUUGAUUGAGGUCUUUAAAUCAAUACCAUCUAAGGCAUAUGAUAACAAUACGAAAAUUUGGAGCUUCUCUGUGAGUGACUAUCAGUUGCUUCAGGAUCGAUGUGCAGCUCUCAAACCCUACGCUGUGAUAGGAAUCAUUCCAAAGAACAUUCUUAAGCUUUGUCAGACACCAGUUAAAGAGCCUGAUCCUUCUUGUCUCGCCUCAAUCGAACCCACACUUGUUGAGAAACUUCUGCCAUUUCAAAAGGAAGGAGUGGUAUUUGGUAUAUCGAAGCAUGGUCGAGUGAUGAUCGGGGAUGAAAUGGGCCUCGGCAAGACUUAUCAAGCCUUGGCAAUAGCUGACUUCUAUCGUGAAGAUUGGCCUUUAUUUAUAUGCACUACAGCCUCAACGAGGGACUCUUGGGCGAAGCAUGUACAAGAACUCCUCCCAUCUGUCUUAGUUCAUAACAUUUGUGUCCUAAGUGCCAAACAGCAAUACACCGGUGAUGCAAAAGUUCUCAUAACCAGUUAUAAUCUCAUGGAAAAAAGUACGGAAAUGUUGUUGGAGAAAAAGUUCGGUGUUCUGAUUCUCGAUGAAUCUCAUACCCUUAAGAAUAGCAAAGCCAAGUGCACCGUAGUUGCUGAUCGCUUAUCGACACAGGCAAGAAGAGUUAUUUUAUUGUCUGGAACUCCUGCUCUCUCAAGACCUCUUGAGUUGUUCAGUCAAUUGCAAAUGAUUGAUAGACGAUUCUUUAAUUUUAUCGACUACACAUCACGAUAUUGUGCUGCGAAGCAAACAAAUUUCGGUUGGGAUGCAUCUGGUCAAUCGAAUUUACCUGAACUUAAUGUUGUGCUUAAAUUGAAAUUCAUGGUGCGGCGUAUAAAAGCAGAUGUUCUUCCUCAGCUGGCUGAGAAAACAAGAGAAACAGUUGUCCUCGAUCCAGCGCUCCUUUGGCAUGGCUCGGAUGUUGACAGGACACUUCAAAGCUAUACCAAUGACCUGUCAAAAUGUAAAGGCAAAGAAAGGGAAUGUAUACUUCUUAAAUUCUAUGCCGAAACAGCUACAGUUAAAGCUCGUGCCGUUUGCGAAUACCUCAAAACGCUCAUCAAACAGAAUCUUAAAUUUAUUGUUUUUGCCCAUCAUAAGGUCAUGAUGGAAGCUAUCAGUGAGUCCUUAGAUAAACAAAAAGUUAAGUAUAUUAAAAUUGAUGGAAAUACGAAAAGUGAUUUGCGAAGUGAAUUGGUUGAAAUAUUUCAAAAUAAAUCAUCAUGCAAAGUUGCUCUACUCUCAUUGAAAGCUUGUAAUUCUGGUAUAACUCUGACAGCUGCGGAUACAAUUGUUUUUGCUGAAUUAGAUUGGAAUCCAAGUACUCUAGCACAAGCUGAAAGUAGAGCUCAUAGGAUAGGACAAAAAGAAGCUGUGACUUGUAAAUAUCUUAUGGCUAAUAAAACAGCUGAUGAUAUUAUUUGGAAUAUGCUCAAGGAGAAACAAGAUGUUUUAAAUAAAGCUGGACUUUUUUCUGAGGAUUUACAAGAUGCUACACAUUCAUCAGCUCCUUCAUCAACUCGACCGAUUGAGAGUUAUAUGACCCCAAUUAAGAAAAAUAAUAAUAAUAAUACAAUAGAAAGGUCAAAAGAACAAACUCCAAUAUCUACAAACAUCAAACAAUCUUCGAAUAAUUCAGGAGCUCGCGUACAGGUUUCUAAAAGGAUUGAAGAAAAUUUCGAAGAACUUUUCGAUGAAGAUGAUGACGCAUUUAAGGAUUUGGAUUUUUGAUGGUUUAAUUUAUUUUUAUUUUUUAAACUAUCGUUCGUUGAUUCUAUUAAAAUAUUUGUUAAUUAUUAUGAA